GCCGCGGCGCGGGGCGGAGCCGGCACCGGGGCAUCCUCCCUUCCCCGCCUGCCUCCCUCUCUCCCUGCCGCCCGCCCGGCAUCGCCGCGGCGGCAGCGCGGCCGGAGGGUGCUGCCAGCGCCGGGCGGGAGCGGCGGAGCGCCGCCGGGGGUGCGCGGAGAUGCUGUCCUACAGCGUGCUGGACGCCAACGUGGUGGACGUGGAGAAGCGGAGGAACCCCUCGAAGCACUACGUCUAUAUCAUCAAUGUAACAUGGUCUGACCUGACUUCCCAGAUCAUCUACCGGAGAUACAGCAAGUUCUUUGACCUGCAGAUGCAGCUUCUGGACAAGUUCCCUAUUGAAGGAGGCCAGAAAGACCCCAAGCAAAGAAUCAUUCCUUUUCUACCAGGCAAGAUUCUGUUCCGGAGGAGCCACGUCCGAGACGUAGCUGUGAAGAGGCUAAAGCCCAUCGACGAGUACUGCAGGGCACUGGUUCGGCUUCCUCCCCAUAUUUCCCAGUGCGAUGAAGUCUUCAGGUUUUUCGAGGCUCGCCCGGAAGACCUUAACCCUCCAAAAGAGGACUAUGGAUCUUCAAAGAGAAAAUCAGUUUGGAUGUCCAGUUUGUCUGAGACUCCAAAAAAGAGCGUCACUCCAGGUGCUGAUGCUAGCUCUGAACCCAUGAUCCUGGAGCAAUAUGUGGUGGUGUCCAACUAUGAGAAGCAGGAGAACUCUGAGAUCAGCCUCCAGGCUGGAGAAGUAGUGGAUGUCAUAGAGAAAAAUGAAAGCGGUUGGUGGUUUGUAAGCACAGCAGAGGAGCAGGGAUGGGUCCCUGCUACAUACCUGGAAUCCCAAAAUGGAACCAGAGAUGACUCUGACAUCAACACAUCUAAAUUUGGGGAAGUUUCUAAGCGACGCAAGGCUCACCUGAGACGCCUGGACCGGCGAUGGACGCUGGGCGGGAUAGUCAACAGGCAGCAGAGUCGAGAAGAGAAAUAUGUCACUAUCCAGCCGUACGCCAGCCAGGGGAAGGAUGAGAUUGGGUUCGAGAAAGGGGUCACCGUGGAGGUCAUCCAAAAGAACCUGGAAGGAUGGUGGUACAUAAGGUAUCUAGGCAAAGAGGGCUGGGCCCCAGCUUCAUAUCUGAAGAAGGCUAAAGAUGAUCUUCCAUCUAGAAAAAAGAACUUAACUGGGCCAGUGGAAAUCAUAGGAAAUAUCAUGGAGAUCAGUAACCUGCUGAACAAGAAAUCAUCCACUGACAAGGAAGCUCAAGUAGAAAAUGAGACUGCAGAAACACAUAUCACCAAGAAGGAAAUCAGUUUGCCCAUCCUGUGCAAUGACUCUAAUGGCAAUGCCAUGAUGACCUCAGACAAGCAGGUUUCCAGACUGGCCCAGGGAUCCCCAGCCAUAGCAAGGAUAGCACCACAAAGAGCUCAAAUAAGUUCUCCAAAUCUAAGAACGAGACCGCCCCCACGAAGAGAAUCCAGUCUGGGUUUUCAGUUACCCAAGCCACCAGAGCCACCCUCUGUGGAAGUGGAAUAUUACACCAUUGCAGAGUUCCAGUCAUGUAUCUCUGAUGGCAUAAGCUUUCGUGGAGGACAAAAAGCAGAGGUUAUAGAAAAGAAUUCUGGUGGCUGGUGGUAUGUGCAGAUUGGAGAGAAGGAAGGAUGGGCUCCAGCAUCUUACAUUGACAAGAGGAAGAAGCCGAAUUUAAACAGAAGAACCAGUACUUUAACCCGCCCAAAGGUUCCUCCCCCAGCACCUCCCAGUAAACCGAAAGACUCUGAAGAAGGAACAACUUCUGGAGCAGUUUCUUCAGGAGAUGCCCAGGAAUCUCCCCACAAGCUGAAAUAUGAAGAACCUGAGUAUGAUGUGCCCGCUUUUGGCUUUGACUCGGAGUGUGAAGUGAGUGAAAGUCAUCAUGAAGAGGGCACUCCUGAAAAACGACUGUUUCAGCCCCUCAAGCCCUCACCUGUAUCAUCACUUCAGAAAGCAAAGUUCAAAGUAGAAGAGUCUUCAGAAGAAGCUGCUCAUGAAGAAGAGACCAUCUAUGAGAACGAGGGAUUCAGACGUUACGUGGAAGAUGCUUUGUCCAAUAAGGAAUCUAGUGGAGAUUCCGAUUCUCAGAAAAGCUCCUCUCUGUCCUUGAUCCAAAGGAAUUCUCCAUGUUCCAGCUCUCCUAAAUCAUCGCUCAUGAAGCUCAAGACAGACAAAAACAUCCAGCCCGACCUUGGAAAAUGUCACUAUUCCAGGAGCGAGGAGACAAAACCAAGGUCAGCUUCAGACGUUGGCUUACGUAGCAUGUCAAGAACGGGCAUGAAGAAGGAGCCUGAGCAGAGUCCUUCCAUUAGAGCAAAGCCAAUUGUUAGGCCCAAACCCUUUCUGAACAAGGCAGAUUCUCAGAGCCAAGAAAAGAUGGAUAUUAGCACUUUAAGGCGUCAGUUGAGGCCAACCGGGCAGCUCAGAGGUGGACUUAAAGGUUCAAGAAGUGAAGAGUCUGCAAGCCCCCCACGCACAGCUUCUGAGAACCAAGAUGACCCUGUUAGGAGAGGCUCAGCUGAUCUCAUCACAGCUCCUUCCCGUGGCAUUUUCUGCUCCAGCCAUACAGCCAAAACUGAGCAAGAAAAUGAUUCCAGAUGUUUCUAUGUGACCACUGACUCAUACCAAAAGGUACAGGAUUCUGAAAUUUGCUUCCCAGCCGGAGUAGAAGUGGAAGUGCUGGAAAAGCAAGCCAGUGGAUGGUGGUACCUGAAGUACGGAGACAUGGAAGGCUGGGCUCCGUCCCAUUAUUUGGCUCUCCCUGAUAACCAACGAGAAACCACAUCAGCAGACGCUGAUUCCUCGUUUGCCAGGAACAGGAAAAAUGAAAACAAGUCAAACAGUUUGGAGAAGAUAGAGAAGAGGGUUCAGGCUUUGAACACCAUCAACCAGAGCAAACGUGCAACACCACCCAUCCCAAGCAAACCUCCCGGUGGCUUUUCAAAAGCAUCAGGGCCAGUUAAAAUGAGGAAUGGUGUGAGGCAGCUUGCUGUCCGUCCACAGUCAGUGUUUGUGUCUCCGCCACCAAAGGAUAACAACCUGUCAUGCUCCUUGCGCAGAAAUGAGUCUUUAACAGCUACAGACCAACUUAGGGCCGUCCGUCGGAAUUCCUCCUUCAGCAAUGCAUGGUCACAGCCUGGUGACACAAAGGGAAAGCAACCUGAGCAGCUGGGUACACAGAGCUCUGAGACCACCUCCAACCUCCCUAUGCAGAGGAAUGGGAUCCCUGUGUCCACAGUCAGGCCAAAACCCAUUGAGAAGUCCCAGUUUAUCCACAACAAUCUCAAGGACAUCUAUGUUUCCAUUGCAGACUAUGAAGGAGAUGAGGAGACUGCGGGGUUUCAGGAAGGUGUCUGCAUGGAGGUCCUCGAAAGGAACCCAAAUGGCUGGUGGUACUGCCAGAUCAUGAAUGGUGUGAAGCCAUUCAAAGGCUGGGUGCCCUCAAAUUAUUUGGAAAAAAAGAACUAAUAUUGCAAUAUCUUUAACCUCCCUAAUUUAUACUGUUCCUGCUGUGUACAUGUGGAAAAAACAAUUGCUACACAAAAAGACGUUUCCCUGUGCUCCAGUUUGUACAAAGGAGUCUAUACUGAGGACAAAUCUGCCGUGUUCUGGAGAGGUUUGUGGGGUUUACAUGUUGUAAGCAACUAUGAGGAAGAUGCAGCAUAGUCAAAUGCCUUUUUGUGAAGUUGUUAAUAAUCUUGUAUGUGUAACAGGGUAUGACAUCCCAUCCUUCCCAUUAUUGAUAGGAAACCAAAUGUGUGCCUUUUGUGAGAGAGAAAUACACAUGUAUCUACUUGGGGAGUUCUGUGCCAAACUCUGUUUCACAAUCUUGGCUCCCUUUCUCCUCAUUCUUGUCCAUAUGUGGAAUACCCAAGAAUUUUGAAUGCUUUUCCACAACUGACAGUGAGAAGCAAAUGAAAGUUUCUGAAACAGAGGGACUCUAAUCCUUUGGAGAUGCUCACUUUUUUUUCUUUUUUUUUUUUACUAAACAGUUGGUAGGUCCAGAGUUGGAGCCUUUUCACCGCGGAGAGAUUUGGUCUCUGACUUCAGUGUUGUUACUGCUAACUCACCAGAAAAGGCAACCAAGUGAUGUGGGUUGGGGGCUUUUUGUUUCCUUUUGUUCUGUCUUGUUCUUUGAGUUGGGAUUUCAGGUGUUCUAGGGCAGUGAUGCCUACUGGUGCUUGUAAAAACAAACCUACAAACCCCAUGCUUAAGCACGUUGAUUACUUUGUAGGCUCCAUGUUUAGUUCUGUGCCUGACUCCCACCAGGUGAUCCUGGUUGAUUCUCUUCCCAGAGUUGGGUUUAUCAAAACUUGUCAUAAUAUCAAAGUGUACAAAAGUCCCUUAGGACACUGAAGACAAACCUGUCAAAUGUGUUAAUUCCUGUUUUGCCCUCUCGUCCGAAUCCAAGGGUGCUGACUGCUGGCAGGGCCCACCAGGGUAUUAGUGAGAAAUAUCUGUAACCUUCUGCAACAUCAGUGUUUACAGUGAGUAGGGAAAAAAAAAAAAGCCAUCAAACUCAGUCUGCACAUCCUUAAUUUGUAUAUUUUUGGGGAAUUGUUUUUGUGUUUUGUUUUUGUCUUUUCUGUGCAUUCUGGGUUUACUUUAUUUUCUCUGUGUGUGUGUGUGUGUGUGUGUGUCUGGUUUUACCAGAAGAGACUUAAAACUGAAGUAGGAGCCAAAUAUGUGUUUCUGUUCCCACUUGAAUCCAAAAAGUACAUUUGUACUGGAAAGUGUGCCUGGGCUUCUCAGGCUCAGAGAUUUAAUAUCAAAGCAAUUAGAUCUACAAUGCAUCUAAUCAGGAAGCUGCCUCCUCUAGUUCCAGUUCUGUUUGCCUUACUUAACUCAUGCUUUGAAACGUGGCACACGGAUGUGGGAAAUGGAAGAGCUGUCCAUUGGAAAAGGCUAGGAAUAUGGAGUUAUUUUAGAGGUAGCCUCGUACUGUAAACAUAAUUGACUGAAUCCCUACUGUACUUAAGGAAGUCAUGCUUUUUCUUUUUUUGUACAGCCUUGUUAAUCACUCAAGAUCAAUAUCUAGUUCCUUUAAAUAACAUGCAGCCUUGUAAAUCUGUUUUAAGGGGGAGGGGCAGACCAUUUCACUACUGCUUUACACAAAAAAUUACAUGUGCUCUUUUUCCACCAGAGUUUCGUAUUGAUUUGGCUCAGAAGUUAAAGGUUAUAAAGGCUUCAAAAUAACUGGGAUCAAGGGGCUGAGUAAAAUAGCACAAAAAUAUCAUGUUACUGGGGAUGUUUCACUGCCAAAAAAAAAGAAAAAGAAAAAAAUUAGGCAAUUUAUAUGUUGUUCUUGUCUUUUUUUCCUAAUUUUCCCCUCUUUUCUUCUUUUUUAUUUUUUUUUUGGGGGGUGGGAGUGUUGCUUUGGGGGGUUUAUUAAUUUCCGUGGUAUCAUUUAGAGAGUUGCCUACAGCUAAUGUGACUGAUGUCCUUUUGGUAGCUGAAGCAACAUCCAGGUGCCACAACUGGCUACAAACAGUGCUGUGGUUUGAGCAGCUCUCCGCAUGCAAGUGGGGAGGGGAGGCUGUUUGUUUGGGAUCCCUUUACAUUGUGGUGGCAGGAGAAGGAGGUGUAACUGCACAACAGCUCGUAUCACAGUGUGCAGGGUCCUCUUUGUACCUUGAUGUCUUACUAUAUGAUACAUAAGCGUAUAUCCAGUUAGCUGCAUCCUACUGGAUGUGUAUCUGAGACAUUGUGGCCCUGUCUCCCAUACUCCUCCCCAUUUUUAGUUGUAGUAAUAUGGUAGCAGCCAUAAAAGACUGCUGGAGCUGUUGUGAGAUUAUAAUAGAAGUAUUAUAUUCUUCUGCUGGACAGUAUUAAAUAGAGCAAUACAUAGAGUUAUCUGCUAGAUUGCAGUACUAAUAGUAGUGACUUAGUGAUUCAUAUUAAUGUUAUGAUUUAUUUUAACAAUAAUGAUGCGGAAGUGGUUCAUUAUUUUGAAUUAAUGCACUUUAACAAUAAAAGAAACCAAAAUGGAAGCCAAUGCAGAGAACUAAGUGCAUUAUUUAAAGGUGCAGUAUAUAAUUAUCAUUUUCUUGAAGUACAUAUUUAUUAAGAAUUAACUUAUUUUUUAAAAUAUUCUAAAGUUUUGUUUAAAGACAUUCCCACUAGGUCAUCUCUUUGGGGGGAUAUAAAGCACAGCUCCCAGAUCUUCUGCAUUGAGCCACUGAAUUCUCUGAGUACAGUGUGGCCCCUACCCAGGGAGAGGAGAGCAGCAUGCAGGCAGGAGAGCCUGGGCUACUGUAAAUAUUCGCGUUUGCAUCCAGUAAAACCGAGCCCAGGGCACCUCUGAACUGCAGGAGUCCUUGCAGUGUUUGGGGAGUCAAAGCUGGUUUUGGCAGACAGUUCCAGUGCCUGGCUGCUAUGUGCCUUGCAUGAGGCUGGUCCACAGUGGAUGUGAGUUCACUGUGAGGCUCAGGUCCAAGGGCUUCAGGACCUGCCUGUGACAGCUCUGUCACAGACAUCAGUCUGUCCCACGGCUCCCAUUCCAUCCUGCUGACUCACUUCUCCAGCUCUGGCUUUUGCAGGGAGAUGGUUUGCAGAGCUCCAAGCAGUGUAGGGUGACACAGAAUAAGGGUGCCUGCAGUACUGCCAGGGUUCUUUCAAACAGCAGCUCAGUGCCCUACGGCUCAAUUGCUCCUUUAUCCCAUCUCAAAGGCUUCAUGGCCCUCUGAGGAGGGGCCAGAACCUGUAGAUGGGCUGCAAAGCCACAGUCAUGGCCUCCCUCUCCUUCUGUCCUCACCUGUACCAGCAAAAAGGAUGGAGUGCAAAUGACCUAAUUGAUGCUAGAAAUGAAUGUGGGCCACCUAGCACGCUGGCUUCCAGCCUGGUGGAAAGCUUCAGUUUGGGCUUCCCUUUACGUGGUGGCUCUUUGGCUGCUUGUGUUUAAAAGGGCACUUUGAAAGCAAAUACCCCCAAAUGCAGUUUUUCCCCCUCCCAUUUUACCAUUUUCAUAGCAUCUCUCACUGAUCUCUUUUUCUGAUUCUUUCAACUGAGAGAUAUCAGGAAAAUAAUUUUUUCCAUUGGUGAGCAGCUAAUUUUGGUCAGUUCUACUUACACCUGAAAUACUGAAAUACCCUUCACACUGUUAGCUGUGAAACAGAGGGAAAGGCCUUAAGCUACAUUAGAAAGGCUGACUGCAGGGCAGGAAAAUGUGGCAGGGUGCUCGGAGGACAGUGUAGUGCUAGAAGUGUUUUAGUUCUUUUCUAAAAAUGUUGAUGUCGCCUUUUAUUUACUAAAUUUGUCAGAACUGACACUGGAUCAAGAGCAAUAUUUAAAUGUAAUGUACACCUCAGUGAACACUCAAUGCAGAAAUCAAUAGUACUGUUUAAAUUUCUCUUUCUGAUUUAUUCCUCAACCAGAUUGUUAAGAGGAAGAGCUCUGCAGGGCUUGAGCAAAGCCAUUUGCAGGUGAAGGGGGCCCUCCUCUGGGUGGAGAGGUGGCUGCUCUCGCAAUCUUGCUCUCAGCCACUCUCCAUGCUUUCCAAAGAGUCUUAAAUUUGGACCAGCAGAAAUUCCAAACUCCAAUGCCAGAGAACAAAAUUAAAGAAUGUGAAAAUUGUGUCUUGCUGUAUACUGCAACUUUAAUAAUAAUGAGCACUUCUGAGUUCGUUAUUGAGGUUUAUAUAAUGCCUGAAAAGUUUAAUUGCUGGUUUCCCUUGUCUUCCCUUUCAAAACACUUUCUUGCAACAGCAAGAGUCAUGUAUUUUUGUUAGGAGUCCUUCCCUGUGGGAGGCAAUUCCUAUUCAUUGUUUUAGCUGUCACACUGUGCAGUGGGUGAGUGUAGUCAUAUGUACUAGUCCUUUGCAAGCCAAACUUUUCAAGAUAAAAGGAUGAUGGGCACGUGUCGGGAUAUUUAACUGAUGUGUCAACAGGAAGUUUUUAAAUCAAUGUAUACAAUAAUAGUAAAUACACAAUAGAGAGAUUGAAAUUGCCUUGCAGCUAAACUCUUCAAAAUGGAAUUUCACAUCUGCAUGGGUAUAGCUAAAAAAUGGAUUUGGCCCUUGUGGAUAUGCACCCCAAAGACUCCUUCCAUUAUGAUGCUAUAAAGUUUGACGAAGGCAUUAUAUAAUUGUUUUCAUCACUUUCAGAUCUUAAUGAAUCAUAUUUUAUUGUAAUAUAUAUUCAUUGCUUUCCUCAGUUAAAAAGAAAGUUACUGCUUUUAUCUUAUAUGAAAAACAAGGGAAUUUGAUAAAGCAUUCAUUAUUUUCAUAUUACUAGUAUUAACAGAAUAGAACUAGUACUAUUUAAUUUUAGAUCUUCAUAGCUAGCUUGUUAAUAACUCAUAUUUUCCUGUGUUGUAUCCUACUAUUUUUUCUAUUUUUUUUUUCCCAAAUACUCUUCGUUCUUGAGAAAAAGCAAAUCCAAUGAGUGGAUAAGUGCAAUAUUCAUAGAAUAAACAGGCCCCUCAUCCAGGACUUGGAGUGGAACGUGCAGUGUGAAAUGUUUGUAAUUCUCUAUUCAUGCACUCUUAGGGGAAGGGGGCUGCUGGAUGAAAACAGGGCCUUUAGGUAGGUAGAGAUUGACAGCUGGGGUAGUUUGGCUUGGGAAUGGCUGCUUUUCACAAUAAAGUAUCACCUGUUCAUGAAAGUGUAAGGAUUAUGCAGCAUGUUGCCAGGAUUAUGGAUAGAAUGUGCAUUGACAUCCUUGUCAAUACAGGACUUCUGAGCUAUGCUUGAAACACUCUUUAUGUCAUCCAUGCAUGAUACUGUCUUCUGGUAUGUCUCUGCUGGUUGCAUCCUCUGUUGCGCUUCAGAAUUGAUGAUAACUUCAAAAGGGAAAAUAAUUCUGCUGGUGCAGUCCUGAAUUUUGAUACUGUAUUAUGACUUGUAUUUAUUGCAAGAGCUAUGGAAAUAUUUUUACAGGUUCUUAUUUCUUUUCUUUCCUUAUUGUUAACUUAAGAAAAGUCCCCAUUUUAUCUGGGUUAAUUCUCACCUGCAGAAUUUCACAGAUGAUGUGGAUAUUGAUUUCAUAUUACUUGGCUUGCAAAGGUGGAUCUUUUAGGUCCUAAAUAAAGUUGGGCAGAAACUUCACUCUUCAAAAGAGGUUUUGUCUUAAAUUCUAUUUGAAUGGAAGGAGACCUUCCAUCUGUCAAAAAUAAUGUGACUUUCCAGGUAGCAGCAAAAUCUACUACCUUUGUAAAACUGGACUGUUUCUGUAAAGUGCAAGAGAAAUGUGAAAGCCAGAGCACUUGAUUCUCUGAGCUUUGGGAAGUACAUCUCCUGUGGCUCUAGUUCAUGUCUCUGGAGAGGGAGUGUACCUCAGUUUUCUGCUUAGUUUUUGUCCUGCUGUUCUCAAGUUUGUCAAAAAAACCUUAAUAUUGCCAGAGAUGUUUGCAUUCAAACAGGAAAAUGGAAUUCUGCAGCUGUACUGAAAUAGUAUCAAUCACACGAUUUUGGAAAACCUCUGUUACUUUACAAAGUACUAAUCUGGUUUUGAGGAGCCAACUUAAUUCUUUCACAUGCUCUUGUCUAAAUUGGCAAGAAGCCCAUGAGCAUCAGUAGACUUACACUGACAGAAGACCCUUGUGGGUGCUCAGCAUGGACCGUUCUCAGCAAAAGCAAGCUCUGCGCACUCUGUUCCUACACCUCUGAAGGGUGCAUAGGACUGCUGAGCCUUGGUGCUGCCCUGCCAUGGAUCCACUGUGCUGCAGAUCUUGCAGCUUUUUAAAACCAGCUGGAGCUUUGCUGCUAUUUGCUGGUGGUUUCCCAUCACUAGCGGCUCCUUCUCUGUCAACUUCAGAUGCUAUUUAGCCACACGUCAAAGUGCUUUGUGCCAGUGCAGUGUUUGAUAGCUGCCAGCAGUACCAACGUGAUGGGCUGAGAGCAUAUGUUUGUCUAAGUUAUUUUAUUUCCAUUUGCUUUUAGUUGCUUGCUUGAAGCAGGGACCACCAAUGCGAUGAUGCAUGGGAAAUGUGUCUGCACACUUGAACUGUUUGAUGGCCUCUGCUAGUGCUGCCCAGUGCUUGUGUUUCUCUUUUUCUCCCUCUGUGCUGCUCAGUAGUCAUGUCUGUUGUGUGUGUCUGUAAUUUUCAAAUAAAGUACUGUAUGUAAGGCCGGAUCCAGAAGCCCCCAGUCAGCUGACUUCGGGUUGGGAUGUAGGUUGCUGUUGCUGCUUUUCCUCCUCCAUCUUAGCCUCAACUUGGAGCAAAGCACAGAUGUCUGUAAAGAGUCACCCAUAACUCUGCUUUGGGGUGUCAGUUUUGUGGGGUGUGCAUGCAUUGCCAAGAGUGGAGCGAGGAGAUCUUUUUUCUUGGGUGCCCUCACAUCAGGGACUCUGCAGCAAUUCCUGGAGCAAAAGCUGCACCGCGCUGCAUGCAGGCAUGAUAGGCAUAGGCAGAACAAAUUAGUUUCUCCCAUUUUGUAUUGUCAGGGCUGGGCUGGUCCCAUCAACAAUGUUGUUCAUUUGUUCUUGCAUCAAGGUAGCAUUGAUUUUUAGUCGGAGAGUGCAAUUUUGUUUUGUCUUUGGUUUUUUUUAUAAAUAAAUUUGGUUUAAAGCUUCACACUGGCGUUUUACAGACCUUUUCUUGUCAGCAUAAGCCACUACUGUCCUGAGUUGAGACUCCUGUUUGUUGUUGAAUGAAAAUUAUGGGAAUUAUAUUGAUAAUUUGGAAAGAAAUCAGAAAAGAAAUUAAAGGUAACUAUAUUGGCAGGGGAGAGAUAGAUAAAAUAUGAGGAAAAAUGUUUCCAAUAAGGCCAUAAAUUAUUUGGUCUGACACUGCAGGUGCUUUCUCUGUAUAGAUAGUUUAAAUACAUCACUGCUCUGUGUUAUGAUUUUUCAUUAUUGAGAAAAGUUGAGUUUUUUCACUCCAUAAUUUACUAUGACAAUCUUAUUCCGAAGCCACUGAUCCACCAAAGGAAGACAAACAUGGGUUACAUGCUUGUUGUAGUUGAGGCAGUUUCUGUGUCUCAGAGUUUCAUAUACCAAUGUUCAGCUGGUGAAGUGGGCAAGAGUGGCUAUUCUAGACCUGUCCAUGUUGGCUGUCUGUGAAACAACCCUGUGCUAGUGGUGCUUCUGGAAAAACAUUGGGUUUAAUGACCUUUCCCUGAUGCUCAGGGUUAUUUGGUUACAAUGGUACCUGUCUUUCAUGGUCCCUGUUAGGUGAAGGAGAAAAACAGAUGGGAGGGAGAAUCACUUGGCACUGUAAAAGAAUUUUAAAAAUAUAACAUUUAAUAUUUAGAUAAAUAUUUCAGGCUUCUCUAGAUAUUCCCCAUGAGAGCUGUUAUUGACUCUGUAUUUGAUGACUGAAAGGUAAGCAACAUGGCAGCUUUCUCUGUGCAAACAGUUCUUUUGUGGUUUGAGCUUGUUCUUGAACUGCUUCUGGGUCACCAGGGAAGAAGUAAUAAAUAAACAAAAUCCCAUCAUCACCCUUGGGUUAUAGACUGGGGGGAUAUCAGAUUCUGUUCUGACUCUGGGUCCCCCAGAGCAUGCAGAUUGGGUUUGUUUCUGUCCCCUAUUUCCUGUCUUUAAUUUUCAGGGAGGAGGGGAAGUUAUAAUUGUUUCCAGUCUCUAGGAGGAAUUUUUCUGCAUCAUGAUGAAUAGGCUUGCUGAAAAGACUUGCUCAUUACUUGUGAUAAGUUCAAACCUGAAAUAUUGCAAAAGCAAAGUGAGUGUAGCAUUACAAUGACUUUUUUGUACCGAGGGUCCGAAGUGAAUAUUGUGGGGUCAGUAGUGCACAGAGUAAGUGCAUUUCUGCUGUCUGGCUAACUUGCCCAAGACAGCAGUGCUGAUCUGUUAUUGCAGAUUUAAUUGCAGACACUCGUUACUCUGCUUGCAAUGUUUGGGGAGAAUCAUGCAGAUGAGCUUCCUCAGUUAAGACUCAAUAUCAAAUUUCAUGUCAGGAGAAGUCCUGCCAGCAGUUUGAUUGAUUGCUGCUUAGGCUAAAGGUGAGAUGCAGAUAACUCAAGGUGGGUGUUGAAAGCAGGUCAGCUGGCUGUGUGUACAUCUGUAGCUGUUUCCAGAGCUGUUAAGUAGCCCAGUUUAUCUCUGGAAAUUGUGAGUAGUCGGUUCUUGCGAGCCUAAACCUGUUGUUGAAUGAAGGCUGAAAUCUGUUUGAGCUGUUGUGUUCCCCUGCUUUAGCAGAGCAAUUGCACAUGUCUGGACUGGAAACUCCUACAGGGUUUGCUGUCCCAAAGUUGUAGUUGACCAAAAAGAAAUAUGGAUCUAGGCCUGGUCUAAGUGAAGUUUUGCAGUGGGUUUCCUGGGUGGUUGAUGUUAUUGAUGUGACUUUGAAUACAAGAUGCUGUUGUCAUUUCUGUGUUGGUGUAGAGCUCCAUCUUUUAGUGGUUAGGUGGUGGGAAUGUACCUGGUGGGAGCUUGGGAUUUUGGGAGAGUAUGUCGGCGACCAGAGAUAGAGAAAUGUGUGGCUGGUCUUAGUGUGUGUGUAGUCAGGUUGGUGAUAGAUUUUUGUCUUUUUUUGUUUGUUUUUAAUAUGGGAACCAUUUUGUCUGUUCUGCUUGGGAAAAAGUCUAGAAGUUGAUGUGGUUUCUGUUGCAGUAAAUAUGAGAAGGAAUAGCUGAGCGCUGCUUUUUUUUUUUUUUUUUUGUCAUUUUAAGAGAGUUAUGGGCAGGAGACCAUUUAGUUUGUUUUGGGUUGCAAGUUAAGCCAAGAGAGGAAGAAAAUGAGUCUGGGGAAACCCUUUUUUGUGGCAACAGCUUUGGACCAUAUUUUCUUGUGGCUUUUGAUCCAGCUCCACUGAAGGUAGUGGAGUGAAUAUUGUUCAUCAUGUUAGAGCUUUUGGUCAUGAAUUAAUUCUUAGAGAGCUGACAGGUAUUUUGACAUUCACAGAAUGUCCUAUAACAAAUGUGAGCUAGAGACAGAAAUAAUAACUGUAGUGUCAUGCAUUGUCCAGUUCUUGUUUAGUGAACUCAAGAUGGUGACCACUUGGAUAAAACUGUUUGUACAAUGAACAGCUCUUGCAAGAGUCCAGAUGUGCUUGGGUCUCUGAGAGGCUUUCCUAGGAAAGGAAAUCAUGUGCAUGAUAAAAGGAUUUUUGCCUUUCUCAGUCAUCCCAGUAAAACUGAACUCCAGGAAAAUUACACUUUUUUACACUUAACAGUAUCUUUUGCCAUUGAUGGGAAGAGUUAUUGUUAAUGAGGGAUUAGAUGCCCCAAUCUGUCCGAACUGGCACAAGACAGAAGAUCAUUUUUAAAACCAGUCCCUGAGUCUGUGUGUAAAUGGUAGAUCUGAUGCAAAUUAGAGUACUAGUUAACAAAAUGAGCAACUUUGCUAUGGGCCAACACAAAAGAUGUGUUAUCAGUGGGGAAAACAUAGCUCUCCUUUUUGCUAAACAACCCUGUAGAAAUGUCCCUCAGGCUUUAGCUCUAAUCAGCUGCGAACCUGUGAGAAUUUGGCUGAUACAUAUGGUAUUGGGGGCCUGGUUCUGUGACUGCAACAAUAGUAAUGUGUCUUUGUCCCAGCAAGAAUUAAUGAAAUCAUCAUAACACAAUGUUUUUGUUUGCUCUGGAUAUGACAGUAGUGGGGGGGAAACGUUGUGCAAAGCAUUAUCUCCCCCUUAAUGCAGAUUUGCAGACUUUACUUGACUGUAGUGCCCAGUCCAGAACUGGUUUCAGAACUGUCCUCAUGGUUAUGUUGUAGGAUCAGCAUGUGUCUCCUCAUGCCAAAGGCAUGGGUGGCUGGGUCAGGAUGUUGGUGCCCUGUGAGAGACAGGGACUGCACACAGAGGGAACUGCCCUCCUCUCUGAACCAUGCCCAGGUGCAGCUCGGAGAACUGCAAAACAAUGUAAAGCAACUGAGGUUUGGGAUUUUUCCCUAGAGCAGCAUGUUCUGAAGCAGUGAAGUGAAAACAAAUGUUUGUUUGGGGAAUUUUAAUCGUGUCUGUAAAGGUAAAAAUUCUGUAUGGAUCUCUCAGCAGGGAAUGAGAAACACCAAUUGUCCUGGGAAAUUGUGCAUGUGAAGGUACAGAGCAAAAACUUCAGAUUACUGUGCCUAAAAGUAGAUCUCAGCAUUUCUCUUUAGGCAUUUAUUAGAACUGGUGUUAUCUUGGAAUUGAGCAGCAUUUAAUAAUGGUUAAUUAAGACUGCUCAAAGACUCCUGCAGGAAAGGAAAAGACAAUUUGAGUUCUGGACAUCUGUAGAAGAGGGAGUUGCAAUAAAAAUAAAAUACUACCAGGUGCUUUAUGAACUUAAUUUCUCUCCUAGGAUUGUCACAGGUCCUUGUGACUGUAUCUGGGCCUCCACUAGUGCUGUGGCACAGCAAUUGAUCAGUGACACCUCUGCAAAAACUCCUCAUAACCGUGCAUCUGUGAUAGGCAUGUGCAUCUUGGAAAAGAUGAGCCUAAAAAGGCCUUGGAGUAAAUGACACUUGAUAAAAGAACUCCUGAUUUGCAUGUCCCAGGUAUGCUGAAAUAACUCGCACUGAAGCAAUUUCAGCUACUUCCAGGCAUCUGCCAUCAUACACCCUGGCAGCACACAGGUGCUGCAGUCUGCUAGGUGGUGGAUGGUGGCAAAUGUUAGUGGAAAGGGAAAUUCAGGAUGCACGCUGUCACUGCCCUUCCUGUUUGUCAUCCAUGCGUCAAGUCAGAGCUUUGCUGGGCCAAAGCAGGAUCAGACCCUUGGCACAGUGUUUGCCAUGUCUCACAGGGCUCUGCCAAGUGUUCUGAGAUGUUUGCUGAUGCUGUGUGCUCCUGCCCAGCCAGGACACUCCCCUCUCCGUGUGUGCAGGACCCUGGAGGAUUGUGAGGGACUGCCAGAGUUUGAGGGCUGUUUUCUCAGAGUUAUUACAACUUCUUGCAAUGUGAACCUCUAAUAUUUUCAAAGACUCAGGCAGAGAAAGGACUUACUAAGCAAACUGUACCUGUCAUCUCCCAGUUCAUUGAUUGCUUGGACCAAAGGUGGUGCUAAAUCUAAUCUUUGUAAUAUUUAUAUUUUGUUGGAUUUUUUUUUUUAAGUGUUUGAUAAAACACGUGCAGUGUCCUUCUUACAUGAGAAAUUUAGUCCCAGCUUGGGACAUGGCAAAACUCACUGGACCUUCAGGGUCCAGGAUUGUUGCCUGUUAACAUUUGAGCAGGCUUGCAGUGUUCAGGGGGAGGUGGGAAAAGGGUACUCUAUCUUCAAAUGCUUGCAGACUGUAAGAAUUGACUUGUGAUUUGUUUGUUUGUUGUUAUUUUGUUUACAUCGCCUCUUACACCCUAAGGAAAAUAAAUUUUUGACCUUUUUAAUUGUGA